GGUCAACCUAGCACCUAGGUACACCUCUCUUCUUUUCCAGCCACGAUGACCAGUCCGUCAAGCACGAUUCUUAUCGAAGAUGACGAACUACCCCCGAGCUGGCGGCCAACCGAUUCACAAGUCCAAAGAAGAUCUCCACGUACAUCUCUUGGGAUCCUAAUCGAACCAAACGAUGCUGCGAGUGGUAGCAUAGAACCAUCACGCAAACGCAAAAGGGCCAAAGGAAAACCACGUGACACUCUGGAUACUUGUUUCAAGAAGCUGCGUAAGACACUUGACGAAGAAGUUGAAAAUCUCGAUCAAGAAGUUGAAAAGCUGCAAAAGAAAGUACAGGAACUUGAGAGCAAGCUUCUCCUACAGGAAGACCAACAUAAAGAGGAGCUUUCCCGAAUACGCAUUCUGAAAUGCUGCAUUUGCGACGAGCAGCCGGAUCGUUGGUAUGCGCGGACAUGCGGGCAUUUGAUUUGUGAGGCAUGCGAAGAACGGCUUGAUCGAGAUCUAUGCCCUGUGUGUAGAAAAGACUUUUCCGGGUUUAACAAAUGCUUUCCAUUUGUAUGAUAGAUGUGCAUGUAUAUUCUACUCAAGACCAAAUUUGAGGUCG